AUGGAGACGUUCGGAAACACUACCCCCUUCACGCCGAAUCCCAUACAGACCAGAGACGACCUGAAGAAAUUCCUUGUGAAUAUUCUCGAUGCCCUUGAGAAGCACACUUCGCCUGGUGGUGCCAGAGUCCACAUCGGCCAUACUGGAACACACUAUGACGAGGCCGCUGCUCAGUUGGAAGGCUUCUCCCGUCCUAUCUGGGGUCUUGCAUCAUUACUGUGUGGUGGAUAUGAAUACCUCGGAGCCUUACGAUGGGUUAAUGGCUUGAAGAAUGGGACCGAUCCUGAUAACGAGGAGUUCUGGGGGAACAUGCGAGACAAAGACCAAAGGAUGGUCGAGUGUUCAGCCCUAGGUUUCUCCAUUGCAGUUGCCAAAGAGCAACUGUGGGAUCCCCUUCCUCCGGAAUCCAAGGUCAAAGUUGAAAAUUGGUUAGGUGGCAUGAAUGACAAGGAGAUGCCUAACACAAACUGGCUUUGGUUCAGAGUCUUUGCCAACUUGGGUUUAUCAAAGGCUGGCUCGUCCCGUUUCGAUGCGGAACGGAUGAAAGCCGACCUGGACCAUCUCGACACCUUCUAUAUCGGCGAUGGAUGGUCUCGCGAUGGCCCAGAGGGUGUCGUCCAACUCGAUUAUUAUUCAUCUUCGUUUGCGAUUCAGUUUGCUCAGCUUGUCUACUCGAAACUCCAGCAAGGUGAAGAUCCCAUUCGAUGUGAAGAGUACAGGAACAGAGCGAAGCAAUUUGCAUUGGACUUCGUGCACUACUUUGACGGAGAAGGUCGUGCGAUCCCCUUCGGCAGAAGUAUGACUUAUCGCUUUGCAAUGUCGUCAUUUUGGGGGGCCGUCGCCUUCGCCGAUGUCGAACUCCCAGCUCCAUUGACCUGGGGAGUCGUCAAAGGUUUACAAUUGAGGAACGUCAGGUGGUGGGCCAAACAGGCGGGGGCAUUCAAUGCCGACGGUACCCUCACCAUCGGCUUCUGUUAUCCCAACCACAACAUGACGGAGAACUACAACUCUCCCGGAUCUCCGUACUGGUGUUGCAAGUCCUUUGUGACGCUCUCCCUACCCAACAACCAUCCGUUUUGGGCAGCAAAGGAAGAACCUUACCCUCUGACAUUGCUUGAGACUACGAAAAUCCUGUAUCAUCCGCUGCAUAUCGCAACCAACGUUGGAGGGCACACCUAUAUUCUAUCAUCUGGGCAACAGUGUUCAUACCCUGUCAAACAGGGACCAGCAAAGUACGGGAAGCUUGCUUAUUCCUCCGCCUUCGGAUAUAGUGUUCCUGUUGGAAAUGGAACGCUAGAGGAAUUGGGAGGCGACAAUACGUUAGCUCUAAGUGACGAUAACGGAGAGACAUGGAAAUGUAGAAGAGACACGAGAGAGGCUAGGAUUGAGGGUGGCAAAUGGCUGAGGUCGAUGUGGUAUCCCUGGAAGGAUGUCGAGGUUGAGACAUGGCUUGUGCCGCCACAGCAGGACUCACCGCUGUGGCACCUCCGUGUGCACAGAUUACGGACGGGGAGAAACUUAUUAUCUGCUGAAGGCGGAUUUGCGAUAUACGGACAGGGAAAGGACGGGAGAGCUCUAGACUUCACAGUAGGUGGAUCGGAGGCUUUUGGAACACUUGAGCGCGAUGGUGAAGGUCGCGCGGCGUCUCGUGCUGGCGUCUCUGGAAUCGUUGAUUUAGGACCGUCUGGCGGAAGAGUAGGAAAGGCGCUGAGAACAGACGCGAAUUCCAAUCUGAUGGUCCCAAGAGCUGUUUUGCCAACGUUGCGGCAGGAGUACUUGGGCAAUACAAAGAAUGUCUGGUUAGUCACUGGCGUGUUUGCCCUUCCAAGCGUUGGCGAUGAAGAAGGUGCCAGGAUCGGAUGGCUCGCAGAGUGGGAGAAACGGCCGACAGUUCCAGCAGAAAUAGCGACAUUAAUGCAGCACGAAAACUCAUUGUAA